AUGGCAGCCCCCCAAGGCGAUGAUUACAUCCUCACGCUGUCCUGUCCGGACAAGCCGGGCAUCGUGCACUCAGUCACCGGCGUCUUCGCCUCCAACAGCGUCAACAUCAUCGACCUGCAGCAGUUCUCGGACCCCGUCUCCAACAAGUUCUUCAUGCGCGUGCACUUCGGCCCCACGGCGUCGGUAGACGCCCUCAGGGCGCCCUUCGACGCCCUGGCGGCCGAGAUCAAGAUGGACUACGAGAUCCACCCCGUGGCGCAGAAGACGCGCGUGCUCAUCAUGGUGUCCAAGAUCGGGCACUGCCUCAACGACCUGCUGUUCCGGGCCAAGACGGGCCAGCUGCGCAUCGAGGUGCCCGUCAUCGUGUCGAACCACCCGGAGUUCGGGGACCUGGCGCGGAGCUACGGCAUCGAGUUCCACCACCUGCCGGUCACCAAGGACACCAAGUCCCAGCAGGAGGGCCGGAUCCUCGAGCUGGUGAGGGAGCACAACGUCGAGCUGGUCGUGCUGGCCCGCUACAUGCAGGUCCUCUCGCCCAUGCUGUGCGAGGCCAUGAGCGGCAGGAUCAUCAACAUCCACCACAGCUUCCUGCCCUCCUUCAAGGGCGCCAAGCCCUACCACCAGGCCUACGAGCGCGGCGUCAAGAUCAUCGGCGCGUCGGCGCACUUCGUCACGGCCGACCUGGACGAGGGCCCCAUCAUCGAGCAGCGUGUCGCCCGGGUCGAUCAUAGCAUGAGCCCCAAGGACCUGGUCGAGGAGGGCUCGAACGUCGAGAGCCAGGUCCUAGCCGCUGCGGUGAAAUGGUACGCUGAGAGGAGGGUGUUCCUGAACGUUACGAAAACGGUGGUCUUCAAUUAG